CAGCCCUGCACGCCAUACAGCUUCACAGAGCAUCCAGAGAGACUCACUGAGAUUCUAUUACUAUAGCAACAAGCAUGGACCCCCAGGACUGUAACUGCGCAACAGGUGCUACCUGCAAUUGUGGUGAUUCCUGCAAAUGUAUGAACUGCAAAUGCAAAUCCUGCAAGAAAAGUUGCUGCUCCUGCUGUCCUGCAGAUUGCAGUAAAUGCAGCCAGGGCUGUCAGUGUGAAAAGGGAAAUCCAGACUGCAGCUGCUGCAAGUGAUUGGUGGAUCUGCGUCUCUUACUCUGUAAUUUCUGUGUUAUGGUCUCGUCUGUUUAAUGUUCUGCAGUAUUUUUGUUAAAAACCUGUAAAAUGUUUUUAUUUCUUACUGUUUUCAUAAUAAAGAAUUCUAAGUUAA